UGUCCUCCCCCUCAUCUUAAAACCUCGUUUCGAACUGACAAGAGACAAUUGUAUCUUCUGAGAAAUGUCUGAAGAUGGAAAAAUAUGUUUAAUAAAGGAUCUAAAACCUGGAUGCAAAAAUCUUAAUCUUGUAUUUAUUGUUAUUGAUAUUAGUAAGCCAACAAAAACAAAAGAUGGACAUGAAAUACGCACGGUUCGUGUGGCUGACAAGAGUGGCUCAGUAAAUAUGUCAGUGUGGGAUGAUUGUGGCUCUCAAAUGCAAUGUGGUGACAUCAUUCGAUUCAGCAAGGGAUAUGCUCAGGUUUGGAAAAAUCAACUCACUCUUUAUGUUGGAAGGAUAGGAGCAAUGGAAAAAAUUGGAGAAUUUUGUAUGCUGUUUUCUGAACUUCCAAAUGUCAGUGAUAUUAAUCAAGAAUUUAUUCAACAAAAUAAACAGCUUUUAGAAAAGAAAGCGGGAGAAGCUAAUCAAACUGUGCCUCCACCACCACCGCCUCCAUCUAAUGACGCAGUGAAAACUAGUCCUUCUUUGCCUGCUAGAUUUACGCCACAAAGAACAGUUGUUACUGAAAAAAAUGAUCCACGUUUACUGAAGCGCCAAAAUAGUGACGUUAAACUUCCUUUACCUAGUGAUCCCAGACAGCGUGUACCUCAAACUGUGAACACUGUUUCAACCACACCUGUUUUAAGUAGCAGCAUAAAACAACCGCAACUUAAUGUAAGCAGAGAUCCACGGCGAAGAUAAUUAAUUUUAUCUUUCUGGAGAGAAUAUGCUGGUGUUACGUCUUUUUAAAAGUGAGCUUUUGCCAAAGAAAGCCGUUGCUAAACGAAGAUCAUUUCGCGAUUAGAAUAAGUCUUAUUAACGAACUUGUUUCAUUUUAUCAAAUUAAAAUUAUUUCACAAUUUAAAAGAAAUUUUCACAAUUUAAAAGAUUCGAGUGUAAUAAUAACAUUAAACGAUUUUAAAAAGAGUUUCUUAGAAUGUUCCUAAGAAAGAGUUUUUAAGAAUGAACAACAUCAAAGUAAUAUAAACAAUUCAGAAACAUGAUUCGAAGUUAUUUUAACUUUUUUUUGCUUCAUCAUUUUUGUUUGUUUCUAAAUAUAACACUUAUUAUAUUAUUAUAAGCCAGAAAUCUGAGUUAUAAAUAAAGUACACUAGAGAAUA